AUUGAUAUCUAAAAUACCAAAUAAGUGUAACAUAUAUUGCAUGAUAGAUUGAAUGAAACUAGUUGGUGGUGUAAAUAUUGGUAUACAUUUCUAUAGAUUUAGUUGAAAUUAAAGAAGUUAAACUUAGGACAAAACUAAAGUGACGUAUACAUAGUAAUUUAUAAUUUACAGCAGUAGGCAGCAACUCGUGAAGUGAACCAGUCCUGGCCGCCUUGUGUUUGGUGUUUCGAAAAUGAGGGCCAAAGUUGCUUAUGCGUGACAGUUGAGCAACUUCAACGAUAGCACCUAAAAUAGGGUCUCUAUUUAUUUAUUUAUUUAUUUAGGUUUUGAGGAUUUUUCCUACUUCUGAUGGUUUUGUUUAUUCAGCUCAGUUCCAGUAGUAACCUCAAAUUUGGGUUCCUAUUUUUAAAGACCUAGUAACCUUUAAAUUAGGGUUCCUAUUUUUUAGACCUAUUUGGCAGCUAUAUUACUCUUAUUAUUUUCUAUUUUCUCAUGUACGAUUCCGUUGCUGUUGUCCCCACCUAGUGGUAAAGAAUAGCAUGCUCACGAGCCUCAUCCUAUUUGGGACAGUGUAACUCGUUAGGAGUAUGCUCGCGGGCCCCAUCCAUAGAGCAUCUCCAACAAGUUUGCAUAAUUCACUUGGCAAAUUUCUAGAUUUGCCAAGUCUAAAACCCAAAUGCCAAGUGAACAAAAAGGUAUACUCCAACAAGUUGGCAUUUGGGCUUUGCAAAUUAAAAACUAAAGGCCCACAGGUCUUAAUUUUUUUGGUGGGUCCGGUUCCAGGCAUCAGAAACCCACCGGUUCCAUCCCAGUCGGUGGCACGCGGCCGAUCGACCUGGCCGCCUCUCCGCCUUCUUGCGUCGCUUCGCAUGCCGUCGCUCCGAUCCAGAGCCGCGCGCCCCUUCUUCCUCCUUCUGCUGCGCCCCUUCUUCCUCCAACCAGCCACCAUGCCAAGGAAGAGAUCCCGUGCUCGAAGUCAGCAGCUAGAAGAUUCUUCAUCCGAUGACGACGUCCUUCUCCUCUCCUCGGCUGCUCAAAUCUCCAGCAAUCUGUUGAACGUCCGCAAGAGAAGGCCCGGAGGCUCUGUCCCUGGUCAUCGGGUAAUUUAUCGUGAUAGGGAAGGCGGCCAUAAAAGGAUGUUCUAAGAUUAUUUGGCCGAUAAUCCAACGUAUGGUGAAGAUAUUUUCCGUCGAAGGUUUAGGAUGUCGAAAAAGCUUUUUCUACGCAUAAUGAAGGUCGUUGAAGAGCAUGACAAUUAUUUCGUGCAAAAAAGAAAUGGUGCCGGUGUACGUGGACUGAGUUGCUUCCAAAAGGUCACUGCCGCUAUGCGGAUGCUCACUUAUGGGAUUCCAGCGGAUGCUACGGAUGAGUACAUUCGCAUCGGCGAAAGUACCGCACUAGAGAGCCUUCGAAAGUUUGUUGCAGCAGUGGUUGAUAUCUUUGAAGAUGAAUAUCUGAGGUACCCCAAUGAGAAAGACACAGAACGCUUACUUGCCAUGGGUGAGAAGAAAGGUUUUCCUGGAAUGUUAGGAUGCAUCGAUUGUAUGCAUUGGGCAUAGAAGAACUGUCCAUAUGAGAAACAAGGUCAGUACAAGGGGCAUGUGGACAAACCCACUAUCAUUUUGGAGGCCGUUGCUUCGGAUGAUCUUUGGAUAUGGCAUGCCUUUUUUGGAUGCCUGGGUCGCACAAUGACAUCAACGUUCUUCACCGUUCCCCUUUGUUUGCAAACUUGGCGGAGGGUAGAGCUCCAAAGGUUAACUAUACAGUGAAUGGCCAUGAUUAUACGAUGGGAUAUUAUCUUGCAGAUGGGAUAUAUCCCUCAUGGGCUACAUUAAUCAGUUCCAUCACUUGUCCAAUUGGUAACAAGAACAAAUAUUUUGCAAAGGCACAAGAAGCUGCGAGGAAGGCCGUGGAGAGAGCGUUUGGUGUUCUUCAAGCAAGGUUUGCCAUUGUUCGUGGACCGGCUCGUCCUUGGGACAUAGAGACACUAGCAUUGAUCAUGAAGGCUUGUAUUAUCAUGCACAACAUGAUAAUUGAAGAUGAAGGGCAUGUGGAUCCCGACGAGCGUUUUGAGGACGGUGAUGACAAUGUGGAACUUGAACGUGGGCAGCCCACUCAAACAUUAGAAGAAUUCAUUGAGGCGCACAAAAAGAUCAGAAACUCCGAAACACAUGUCCAACUCAAAGAAGACCUUAUUGAGCAUCUUUGGAACCAUCAUCCCGAUUUAUAUAGCUAUAAAAUUUGAUUAGUACUUUAUUUUUCAGAACAUCUGUACCACUGUUAUUUUCGGAUGUCAUCUCUGUUAUUUUCGGAUCAUAUUUACCACUGUUUUUUAAAUUGGAUCAGUUGUUUUAAUU